GCCCCUCAACUUUUUUGACAGCAAGUGAUAAGCCCCUGAACUAAAACUGAUGCGAAUAAGCCCUCCAACCCCUCGUCUGAAGCAAAUAAGCCCCUCCAUGCAAUUUUGUCUCUCCUCCACAAACUUUCUCCUUGAAAUCCAAGUUCAACAACUUGCAGAACCCCAGAUCCAUUCAAACACCAGGCUAACAAUGGCGAAGUCAAGAAAGAAUAAAUGAAAAAAAGAGAGAAACCCAAAUCAAAGUAACAGAUCAAAUGAAAACCAUCGAACAGGAAACAUGCAAAACAACAAAAAGUAAAUGCCAAAAUCUCAACCUUCGAGAAAUUGACAAAAAUUUGAUCUUCUAAAGAACCCAUUGCUCGCUCAAUCAUCGUCGGAAAGAAGAUCUGAUGAGGAACAAAGUGAAAGCGACAAAAGUCAUUCCUCUCUCAAUCAUCGUGUGAUGGUGAGGAACCUAGAUCUAGUUCAGGUAAAGAAGAGAAAAAACUAAGAUCUAGUUUUGAUGGAGGAGAGCAAGAGGAAAAAGACUUUUGGAUCGAUGGAGAAAAGGUGGAGAGAUUUGGUUCAGGCAGAAGGGAAGGAAAAUGAAAAGAACAGAGAGGAGAGAAGAGUAGAGGAGGAGCGAGGUUGAAGAUGAAGUUAUAAGGGCAAAUGUGUAAUUUUAACUUUUAUAAUAUUUUUUUUUUGCCCACUUCAUCCCACUAUAAACUAUUUGUUGGAUG